AUGUUGUCGGUGCGCGCCCUCGCCGUAACGCGCUCAGUGCGCAGCGGCGCACGGGGUCUCUCCAUGGCUCGACCCCUCGCUGCUGCCUCAGCACUCGAACGUGACAUUGCCAAGAUUCGCAACAUUGGUAUCUCCGCCCAUAUCGACUCGGGCAAGACCACGCUGACCGAACGCGUCCUCUUCUACACCGGCCGUAUCAAAGAAAUGCACGAGGUGCGCGGCAAGGACGAGGUCGGCGCCACCAUGGAUUCAAUGGAGCUCGAACGUGAAAAGGGCAUCACCAUUGCCUCAGCCGCCACCUACACGACGUGGAAGGACCAUAACAUCAACAUUAUCGAUACCCCCGGUCACGUUGACUUUACCAUCGAGGUCGAGCGUGCGUUGCGCGUGCUUGACGGCGCCGUCUUGGUGCUCUGCUCCGUUGGUGGCGUUCAGAGCCAGACUCUUACCGUUGACCGUCAGAUGAAGCGCUACAAGGUGCCCUGCAUCGGUUUUGUGAACAAGUGCGAUCGCCCCGGUGCCAACCCGGCUCGUGUGACCAACCAACUUCGCCAAAAGUUGCGACACAAUGCCGCUAUGGUCCAGUUGCCCAUUGGACUCGAGGAUCGUAUGGAGGGUGUUGUGGAUCUUAUCACGAAUGAAGCCGUCUACUUUCAGGGCCAGCAAGGCAUGCAGGUCGUGCGCACUGAAAUUCCGGCCAACAUGUCUGAGGAGGUGGCCGCCAAGCGUGAAGAACUGAUUGGCCACCUGGCCGACGUCAAUGAGGAGAUUGCCGAUCUCUUCUUGAUGGGCGAGGAGCCAUCCCCUGAGCAGCUGAAGCAGGCCAUCCGUGACGCCGUGCUGGCCCGCUCCUUCACUCCUGUAUUUGUUGGCACGGCGCUCAAAAACCUUGGUGUGCAAACGCUGUUGGAUGGCGUCCUCGAGUAUUUGCCUGCCCCCAAUGAGGUUGAAAGCUAUGCCUUGGAUACGAACGACGCUGAAAAGAAGGUGCCCAUCAAUAUGGGCAACAGCGAGGCCCCCUUCUUGGGCUUGGCCUUUAAGCUUGAGCAGGGCCAGUUUGGCCAGUUGACCUAUCUCCGUACCUACCAAGGUGUCCUGCGCAAGGGUGACUUUAUCUACAAUGCUCGCACCGACAAGAAGGUCAAGGUCCCACGCCUCGUACGCAUGCACUCAGCCUCAAUGGAGGACGUUAACGAGGUCCAUGCGGGCGAGAUUUGCGCCAUGUUCGGCCUUGACUGCUCAUCGGGUGAUACGUUUACGGAUGGAUCGACUUCCCUGACCAUGGAGUCCAUGUUCGUGCCCAACCCGGUCAUCUCGCUCUCCAUCAAGCCCAAGAAUUCGACAGACCUUGCUUCGUUCAGCAAAGCGCUCAACCGCUUCCAACGCCAGGACCCAACCUUCCGCGUGCACCUGGACCCGGAAAGCAAGGAAACCAUCUCAGCGGCAUGGGUGAACUUCAUCUUGAGCUGGAUUGUGCAAACGUGCAACUCAUGGUUUGCAUGCCGUAUGACACCACAGAUUUACAAGGAAAUCAUGGAGCGCGAGUACAAUUGCCCAACCAUCACCGGCAAGCCCAAGGUGGCUUUCCGGGAGACCAUGACAGCCCCCAUGAAGUUCGAUUACAUUCACAAGAAGCAGUCUGGUGGUGCAGGCCAAUACGGUCGUGUGCAGGGCGAGAUUGUGCCCCUUGAUGGCGAUGAGGCCGCUGAUGUCAUCUUUGAGGACGAAACUGUCGGCCAAAACAUUCCCAAGAACUUUAUUCCUGCCAUUGAGAAGGGCUUCCGUGAGGCCUGCGAGAAGGGCCCGCUUACUGGAUCUCCCAUCCAAGGCAUCAAGUUUAUCCUCAAGGAUGGCAAUGCGCAUGCCGUCGACUCGAACGACAUGGCCUUUACCAUGGCUGGUAUUGGCGCCGUCCGCCAGGCUUUCCAAAAGGGCUCGCCAGUCGUGCUGCAACCCAUCAUGCAGGUUGAAAUUGUGGUGCCAGAUGAGUUCCAGGGUACUGUGAUCGGCGGCAUCAACAAGCGUCGUGGUACCAUCAUGGACAGUGAAACCUCCGAGGGCAGCACCGUGAUCAAGGCGGAGGUCCCCUUGAACGACAUGUUUGGAUACAGCUCAGAGCUUCGGGCCCAGACCCAGGGCAAGGGCGAGUUUGCGAUGGAAUACACUCGCCACGAGUUGGUCCUGCCGCAAGUGCAGAAGGAGCUCAUGGAGGAGUAUGAGAAGUCUCUCAAACAAUAG